UUAUCACUUUGCUUAUAGCUGAGUUGAGCUUCGUCAAAUUUUAAGUGUUGUUUUCUGCUUUUUUGCUUCCAUUUGCAUGCAUAUGCUCUUUCCUCUAGAAUCUGGAUAUCUGUUUUCUUCUUUCUUACAUCAUUCCCCUGCUUAGCUUUUGUCUCUUACCUUAAAUAAUUUUUCAAUGGUGUCAAUAUUUUAUCCGUGUUAUCUUUAUUGGUAAGGAAAAGAAGAAGAAUUAAAAAUAGUUUCACUCUGCUUUUUUUCCCUCUUGUUUGGGGGUGUUAAGGAAUAUAUCUUCAAUAAGCAUUGCGUAUUGACUUUAGCAAUGUUUUUUGUUCUUGGCAUCAUGUGUUGUUUGCCCCUUUGUUAGGUUCAUCGUUUCGAGUGAGCAGCAUAACUGCCCAGAGUAGCAGUGGUAUUAUUAUUUUGUGAAGAUGGUACUGGGAAUAAGAACAAAGAGUAGAAAAACUGUCUCAGUCCAAGUUCACUACGUAAUCCAUGUUCAGGAGAUCAAGCCUUGGCCCCCUUCACAAUCACUGAGAUCUGUGCAAACGGUAUUACUGCAGUGGGAAAAUGGUGAUAAAACUUCUGGGUCUCUAGCAUCCACCACUGCUGGCAUUGAAAACAUCGAAUUUAAUGAAUCUUUCAGGCUUUCAGUUGUUAUGUGGAGAGAAGCAUCCAAGAAAAGCAAACACCGUGAAAGUUUUCAGAAGAACUACUUAGAGUUUAACUUGUAUGACAAGACAACAAAGAGCCAACUAUUGGGAUCAGCCUCAAUAAACUUUGCAGAUUUUGGAAUUAUUAAGGAAACUAAAGCCUUACGCAUUCUAUUGAACUGCAAGAAGAGCUCCAAGCAUUCUUCACAGCCAUUUCUUUAUGUUAGUAUUCAGCCAUUGGAUACAGAAUGUUCUAGCUCAUCACCAAGCAGCAGCUAUUCAAAAGGGUUGUCACUAGACAAGGAAGGAAGUGAAUCGGUGACACAGUCAUUGAAAGAUGACGAUGAUGUUGAAAUUGCCUCUUUUACUGAUGAUGACGACAAUGAUGACUUCCCUUCAAAUACCUCCCAAACUAAUAGAUCUUCUUCCAAGACUACUGAAGGCGGUAUCAAAAUCAGGGAAGGAGGAGCAGAAGGCUCUCAUGGAAAUUUUGUUCUAUCCGCAGAAAGUUCUACUUCUAGCUUAGUUGGAAACACAAGGAGUGAAGCGCCCACACAGUUCAAUGGCAUCAAAUCUCCCCCUUCAUCUACAAUUCUUGGAUCAGACAUGGGAAAUGCUGCCUAUGGCCGCCCUUCAUUGCCUAAAAUUUCUGUGGAAACUGUCAAACUUUCUGAUCCAAUUUGUGAAAUUCAAGAAAAUAUUCAACAAUCUUCUGCUUCAUGCAUUUCACCGAGUAUACAAACAAACUUUGAAAGGCCUUUCAAUUCUCAAGUAACUCAAGAGAACAGUGUGAUUAAAGAAGAUGACACAAGAGAUCAGAGACUUAAUAAAGAAGCUGUUGAGAAAGUUAUCAGUAUUUCAGAUGUUGGGGUUAUGGAGGCCAAAGAAAAAAUGGAGGAGCAAAGAAAAGAACAAAAACAGUUUAUGGAGAGGAAUGAACUUUUAAAUAAGUUCCGCAAUGAUGAUUCUACCAAGCAAGAAAAUUUCAGUAGUAUUACUCUUUCAAAUGAGGAACCACAUAGGAAAGGACAAAAACAGCUUGCUGAGAAGAAUGAACCUCUAGAAAAUGAGCUCAAUAAUUUUUCCAAUGAUGAUUCUACAAAGAAAGAGAAUUUGAUUAGCACUACUCUUCUAAACGAGAAACCAGAUGGGAAAGCACAAAGACAGUUUACUGAGAAGAACGAGCCUUCAGAAAAUGAGCUCGGUAAUUUUUCCAAUGAUGAUUCUAUGAAGAAAGGAAAUUUAAAUAAUACUACUCUUCCAAUCGAGAAACCAAAUGGAAAAGAACAAAGACAGAUUACCGAGAGGAAUGAACCUUUAGAAAAUGAGCUCAACAAUUUUCCCCAUGAUGAUGAUGCUAUGAAGAAAGGGAAUUUAAAUAGUACUACUCUUCUAAACGAGAAACCACGUGGGAAAGGACAAAGACAGUUUACUGAAAGGAAUGAACCUUUAGAUGAUAAGCCCAAUAUUUUUUCCGAAGAGGAUUCCACGUACAAAUGGAAUUUGAAUGGUACUACUGCUCUAAACGAGAAACCACCAGGGAAAGGGCAAAGAAAAUUUACUGAGAAGAAUGAAACUUCACAAAAUGAGAUCAAUAAUUUUUCUAAUGAUGAUUCUACGAAGAAAGGAAAUUUGAUUAGCACUACUCUUCUAAACGAGAAAUCGCAUGGGAAAGGACAAAACCAGUCUACUGAGAAGAAUGAGCCUUUAAAAAAUGAGCUCAAUAACUUUUCCAAUGAUGAUUCUACGGAGAAAGGGAAUUUGAUUAACACUACUCUUCUAAACGAGAAACCACAUGGGAAAGGACAAAAUCAGUCUAGUGAGGAGAACGAGACUUCAGAAAAUGAGCUCAAUAAUUUUUCCAAUGAUGAUUCUAUGAAGAAAGGGAAUUUAAGUAGUGAUACUCUUCUAAACGAGAAACCACAUAAGAAAGGACAAAGACAGUUUAUUGAGAGGAAUGAACGUUUAGAAAAUGAGCUCAAUAAGUUUUCCAAUGAUGAUUCUAUGAAGAAAGGGAAUUUUAGUAGUACUACGCUUCUAAACGAGAAACCACAGGGGACAGGACAAAAACAGUUUAAUGAGAGGAAUGAACCUUUAGAAAACGGGCUCAAUAAGUUUUCCAAUGAUGAUUCUACGAAGAAAGGGAAUUUAAGUAAUACUACUCUUCUAAAGGAGAAACCACUUGGGAAAGGGCAAAGACAGUUUACUAAGAGGAAUGAACCUUUAGAAAAUGAGCUCAAUAAUGUUUCCAAUGAUGAUUCUAUGAAGAAAGGAAAUUUAAAAAGUAUUACUCACAAGAAACCACAUGGAAAAGGACAAAGACAGUUUACUGAAAGGAAUGAACCUUUAGAAAAUGAGCUCAAUAAGGUUUCCAAUGAUGAUUCUAUGAAGAAAGGGAAUUUAAGUAGUACCACUCUUCUAAACGAGAAACCACAUGGGAAAGGCCAAAGACAAUUUACUGAGAGUAAUGAACCUUUAGAAAAUGAGCUCAAUAAUGUUUCCAUUGAUGAUUCUAUGAAGAAAGAGAAUUUGAAUAGUACUACUCUUCUAAACGAGAAACCACAUGGGAAAGGACAAAGACAGUUUCCUGUGAGGAAUGAACUUUCAGAAAAUGAGCUCGAUAAGUUUUCCAAUGAUGAUUCUACUAAGAAAGGGAAUUUGAGCGGUACUUCUCUUCUAAACGAGAAACCAGAUGGGAUAGGACAAAGACAGUUUACUGAGAGGAAUGAACCUUUAGAAAAUGAGCUCAAUAAUGUUUCUGUUGAUGAUUCUUUGAAGGAAGAGAAUUUGAAUAGUACUACUCUUCUAAACGAGAAACCACAUGGGAGAGGACAAAGACCGUUUACUGUGAGGAAUGAACUUUUAGAAAAUGAGCUCAAUAAGCCUUGUAAUGAUGAUUCUACCAAGAAAGUGAAUUCAAGUAGUACUACUUUUCUAAACGAGGAACCACAUGGGAAGGGACAAAAACAGCUUACUGAGAAGAAUGAACCUUUAGAAAAUGAACUCAAUAAUUUUUCCGAUGAUUAUUCUAUGAAGAAGGGGAAUUUGAAUAGUAUUGCUCUUCUAAGUGAGAAACAACUUGGCGAAGGACAAAAACAGUUCACUGAGAGUAAUGAGCCUUUAGAAAAUGAGCUCAAUAAUUUUUCCAAUGAUGAUUCAUUGAUGGAAAGGAAUUUAAGUAGUACUACUCUCCUAAAUGAGGAACCACAUGGGAAGGGACAAAAACAGCUUACUGAGAAGAAUGAACCUUUAGAAAAUGAGCUCAACAAUUUUUCCAAUGAUGAUUCUAUGAAUUUGAAUAGUACUGCUCUUCUAAACGAGAAGCCACAUGGGAAAGGACAAAGACAGUUUACUGAGAGGAAUGAACUUUUAGAAAAUGAGCUCAAUAAGUUCUACAAUGAUGAUUCUAUCAAGAAAGGGAAUUUAUGUAGUACUACUCUUCUAAAUGAGGAACCACGUGGGAAAGGACAAAAACAACUUAUUGAGAAGAAUGAACCUUUAGAAAAUAAGCUCAAUAAUUUUUCCGAUGAUGAUUCUUUGAAGAAAGGGAAUUUAGGUAGUACUAUUCUAAACGAGAAACCACAUGAAAAAGGACAAAGACAGUUCAUUGAGAGGAAUGAACCUUUAGAAAAUGAGCUCAAUACUUUUUCCAAUGAUGAUUCCGCGAAGAAAGGGAGUCUAAAUAGUAUUAUUCUUCUAAACAAGAAACCACAUGAACACCCAAGAUUGAUGAGUGACAAAAUCGGAGAUGGGGAAAAUGUAGAAAUUCCUCUACAAUCUGCUGAGAAUUAUGAGCAAAUCAGCAAUCAGACCCUUAAUCAGGCAGAGGAAAUUAAUACUUUGAAUGAUUUUCCUGUUUAUACCGCAUGCCAUGAAGACAUUAAUACAAGUGGCAAGUUUCUUAGCAAUAAAACUGAAUUGAAGGCUGAAGUUGAAAGGCUACGAGAAGAGCUGAGGGAAGCUGCUGCUCUCGAAGUUUCAAUGUACUCAGUUAUUGCUGAACAUGGUAGCUCGUCAAACAAGGUCCAUGCACCUGCUCGGCGCCUUUCUAGAUUCUAUUUCCACGCUUGUAGAGUUGGGUCUCCUGCUACAAUAGCUAGUGCAGCCCAGAGUGCUGUCUCGGGAUUUGUUUUGGUUUCUAAAGCAUGUGGAAAUGACGUUCCAAGGUUGACAUUUUGGUUCUCAAAUAUAUUAUUGCUGAGAGCAAUUGUGAGCAAAGAAGUUGAAAAUAUACACUUUGGUGAUGGUUCAUGCAUCAACAGUGAAUGUGAUGCAGUUGGCAACACUCUUCGUAAAGAAAAUGGCAACAUAGAAAAACAAUUUCAUAGCUGGGAGAAUCCAAAAACAUUUUUAAUUGCAUUAGAAAAGGUUGAAGCGUGGAUAUUCUCUCGAAUUGUUGAGUCUGUCUGGUGGCAGACUCUUACACCAUACAUGCAAUCUGGAGUUGCAAAAAGCACUAAUUCUAAGAAAGCAGAUGAAAGAAGAACCCGUGUGGGUGAUCAAGAUCAAGGAAAUUUUUCUAUUUAUUUAUGGAAAAGAGCUUUCAAGGAUGCAUGUGAAAGGCUUUGUCCUCUUCGGACUGGUUUUCAUGAGUGUGGCUGCUUGGCUGUGAUAGCUAGAUUGGUGAUGGAGCAAUUGGUUAGUAGACUUGAUUUCGCUAUGUUCAAUGCUAUUCUUCGGGAAUCCGCUGAGGAGAUGCCCAUGGAUCCUGUAUCUGACCCCAUUAGUGAUUCUAAGGUUCUUCCAAUUCCAGCUGGGAAAUCAGGUUUUGCGGCUGGUGCACAACUGAAGAAUGCUAUUGGUGACUGGUCAAGAUGGCUUUCAGAUUUAUUUAGCAUUGAUGAUAGUGAAUCUUGCGAAGUUACCAAUGAAAACGAUGAACCCAAAUGUGAAUCAUCCUUCAAACCUUUCCUUCUCCUCAAUGCCUUAAGCGAUUUGAUGAUGCUUCCCUUGGACAUGCUUGCAGAUGGGUCUACGAGAAAAGAGGUUUGCCCUAGAUUUGGUAUUUCAUUGAUUAAACGAGUUGUCAACAAUUUUGUUCCUGAUGAAUUCUCCCCAGGCCCUAUCCCGGAUGCUGUUUUCGAUGCCCUGAACAGUGAGGAUAUUGAGGAUGAUGUAGGAGCUAUUACAAGCUUGCCAUGUUCUGCUGGUCCCACGUUCUAUGCACCACUUCCAGCUUCUUCAAUUCUAGGCAUGCUACAAGAAGCGGGAACCAAAACUUCACUAAGACGUGGGUCAUUUGCUCUCAAAAAAUUAUAUACCAGUGAUGAUGAACUUGAUGAGUUGGAUUCACCACUUUCUGCACUUGGCAUGGAUGAACCAUCGACUGCACUAAUUAAGGGAGGCCGUAAGGUUGUACGAUAUGAGCUCUUGCGGGAAGCGUGGAAGAGUAGUGAAUAGUCAAUGAUGACUCUGUGUUCCUAUCAAUGUUUGUUUCCUUGUAUAUAAUACACAUUUUUCAUUUAGCCCAGAAUAUUGUCCCUUUGUUUUUAAAAUAAAAGUAUUGUCCUUGUAAUCUUAUACUUUUUUACCCUUAAAAGUUGCAAGAAAGUUACAGUCAUUUUCAUAUA